AUGGCCAGCGCCGCGCCCGCCGCGCCCCGGCGGCCGGAGGCGGGCGGGGAGCGGCCAGCCGCGGUGGUGGAGGAGCGGAGCGCGGCGGCGGCGGCGGCGGGGGGGGAUGCGGCUGCGGCGCAGGUGUCAGGCGGGGCCGGCGCGGCGGCGGCGCUGCUGGGGGAGACGGGGCUGGCGGUGGGCUGCUGCAUCGCGGCGGCGCUGAGCUGGGACCGGCCGCUCCACAGCCUGGGCGGCUUCCUCUGUGCCAACCUGCUCUUCUGGUUUGUUGCACUGACACCUUGGAGAGUGUAUCAUCUGACUUCUCUCAUAAUACUUGGACUGCUAGUUGUUCAGAUAAUAAAGGAUCUGGUAUUACCUAGGAUAAAAGGUGCACAGCUUUGGAGAAGCAUCACUGACAACUGGAAAGUCAUCAAUUCUAGACAUGACUACAGACCCAGAAUAAAUCAGUGUAUUUCAGAAGCACUGAUGAAUUUAUUUGUAUUUCUUCAAGAAAUGUCACACUUCAAGGAGCAAAACCCUGGAAAGUUUUGCCUACUAGUCUGCAGUGUAUGUACAUUUUUCACUGUUUUGGGAAGUUACAUUCCUGGAGUUGUCCUUUCCUAUGUUCUGUUGUUGUGUGCCUUUUUAUGUCCCUUCUUCAAGUGCAAUGAAUUUGGACAGAAAAUGUGCAACAAAAUUAAGUCUGUUCUGGUGAAACUAGAUUUUGGAAUAAUGGAAUAUAUCAACCAGAAGAAAAAAGAGAGGUCUGAAACAGCAAAAACAAAACCCACAGAAGAUGACAGUGAAUUAGACAUAUCAGCUCUGUGUCCUAAGGUUAGUCCUGCAAUUGUUGCCAAAGAGCUGUCAGUGUCUGACACAGAUGUAUCAGAAGUAUCUUGGACCGAUAAUGGGACCUUUAAUUUAUCUGAGGGGUAUUCACCACAGACAGACACAUCUGAUGAUUUUGACCGACCUAGUGAUCAUGAAGAAGCUUUUGCUAGAGAUCUCGCAGAAUUUCCUUCUUUAGAAAAUGGUGCAGGAACAAAUGAUGAUGACGACUCAAGCAUUGGUAUGCCCAUCCAACAAAAAAGAAAAAAAGAACAAAAGUGUUUGAAGAUUGAUCACUCUUCCAGGCAGAGGAAAGAGAGACCAUCCACUGCAGGGCUCUCCUUGCCUUUGACCAAUGACCAAACCUUUAACUUAGUGAGUGGAAUUGCUGGAGAUGUCAUUGCAGCUGCGGUGUCUGCUGCCAUCAAAGAGCAGUUGCAGUCUGCACAGCAAGCACCCUCACAUGCAGCCCCCAGUUUGAGUGAGGAGACAGACACAGAAGAAGCUGAUGAUUUUGAACUGCUUGACCAGUCUGAGCUUGAGCAGAUUGAGAAAGAAUUAGGACUUUCACAAGGCCAAGAAGCAGAAUCCCAGGAGAAAAAGAAACCUUCAAGCUUCCUUUCAAAUCUGCUUGGAAGUCAUUAACCUGGAAAUUGCAACUAGUGGCGUAGAAGAAACGAAACAUGAAACACACACAAAAAUCAAAUGCAAAAAAAAAAAAAAGGAAAAUUCUGAGCUGUAAGCUUUAACUAUCACUUUAGAUGUGUUAUAAUAAUUUCACUUAUACAGAGUGAAUUAAUUGGAUAAAUAUCAGCUGCUACUGAUAAUUUAAUGUUUUUGGUAGUUUAUGGCUCAAUGUAAUAGCAUGGAAAUUAAUUAUCUAUGCACUGCAGUUGAGUGUUGAAGAUCAGUUGUUCAAAAGAUUUUGGGAGGAUUUUGUUUUAGUCUUUUAGCCAAAUAAGUAAUUUUGACUCCUGCAUCAAAUUUGCAGUAUUUGCAGUUUAUUUAAUUCUUGGUUGUCAACCAUGUAAUACAAUUAAUGAUUCACACACUGAGAGUAAGUUAUGAGAGGACUGCGAUGAGAUUAACUAAAUUUUGCCCCCUUCAGUCAUACUGAAAAGUUUGAAUCUCUGCAGUUAUCAUUAUAUAUGGUGUAUCUAAUACUCAUGAAACACAUUAACCAGGAGAUCUAUCAGAUGAAGAUGUGUGCAAUGCUAUCAAAAAAACUUGAUUUUAUACUUAAAAC